AUGCGUCAGGACUGCGGACGUGGGUGUGGACAGGUGCGGCUCGGCGUGGUUUUGAGAGGCAGUGUGGAGAGUCAGGGAGCGGCGGUCUUGGGUCAAUGCUUGGGCAGAAAGCUCAGUCAGGACGCACACGCCAGGGCUCCACCACCGGUUUGGCCAUGGGCUGUCGACGAGGGCCCAUGGCUGAGGACACCAAAGAAGCCACCCUCGUCCCUCUGCGUCUUCUGGAAGACGCACGCCCUAGCCCUAGCCUCAAGACGCGACUGA